AUGUUGGACUCGGUCAAAUCUCUCAUUGACAAGUACGAUGUUGGCGAAGACAAAGCGCACUUCUCGAUCGUCACGUACGCUAGAAACGCCAAAGUUCGAGUGAGUCUUGACGAUCCAAAGUACUACAGCAACGAGGCGCUUAAAGAACUUUUUGACGAAAUGAAGAAACAAGACAAAUUAGGAAGCCUUACAAGGACUGACGUAGCGCUGAAAACAGUUGGCGAAGAAGUGUUUGUUAAAAAGAAUGGCGGUCGACCAGAAUCACCGAACAUCAUGAUCGUUUUCACUGACGGGAAUACGCACAAAAGGUCAGAGGAUUAUGAAACCGUGAUACCAGCGCUUGAGGCGGCUGGGGUUAAUCGAGUUGCUGUUGGCAUUGGCAAGAAUAUUGAUGAAUCAGAGCUUGAGACCAUUGCUGGAGACAAGAACCGAGUGGUUAAUGCACAGGAUUUUGGAGACUUAGACAACCAGUUGGAUGAUAUUCGUGAAAAAACUUGCAGUCCAACUCCGGAGCCUCCUCCUCCAGAACCUUGCAAGGAACAUCUUGAUGUCGGUGUCAUCAUCGAUUCCUCCAACAGUAUAUCCCAACGGGACUACAAUAUUACUCGUCAAUAUAUAGUACAACUGGCUGAAAGACUUGAAAUAUCUGAAGCAGGUACACAUAUGGCGAUCCUUCUCUACAGCUUCGAAGCGCAUACUUGGCACAGAUUUUCCGAUACCCAAUCGAUUGAUGCAAUACACUCCAAAGCUGACAGUUUGCCGCACAUUCAAGGUGGAACAAGAACAGAUAGAGCCCUGGAACUAGCAGCUAAAGAUUUCUUUGGCUGGGAAGACAGCGGUGACAGACCAGAUAAACCAAACGUGUUGAUUGUGCUCACAGAUGGUGACACGAAUGGAGGAAGUCCAACUCCGGAGCCUCCUCCUCCAGAACCUUGCAAGGAACAUCUUGAUGUCGGUGUCAUCAUCGAUUCCUCCAACAGUAUAUCCCAACGGGACUACAAUAUUACUCGUCAAUAUAGAGUAUAA